GCAUGCGCAGCGCCUCAGUGCGUCAGCAGUGUGUAUGAGAGUGAUGGCGGAUGUGUCCUCGGUGAACAACAUGAAGAAUUACCAGAAUUUACACAGUAAUAUCGAGAGAAUAGACCGCGAGCAGAGCCGCUACCCCUACUGCAUCGUCUGGACCCCCAUUCCCGGCCUGACCUGGUUCCUGCCCUUUAUUGGUCAUAUGGGGAUCUGUACCUCCUCAGGGGUGAUCAGAGACUUCGCAGGACCGUAUUUUGUAUCUGAGGACAACAUGGCUUUUGGAAAACCAACCAAGUACUGGAAGCUGGAUAAGAGUAAGGUGUACUCCGGCGGCUCGGGGGGGUGGGACACCGCAGUGCACGACGCCUCGGAAGAGUACAAGAACAGGAUGCAUAACCUGUGCUGCGAUAACUGCCACUCCCACGUAGCGAUGGCGCUAAACCUGAUGCGCUACGAUAACAGCACUUCCUGGAACAUGGUGAACCUCUGCCUGCUGUCCUUCAUCUACAGCAAACACGUCAGUUUUGUGGGAUUUCUGAAGACCUGGCUGCCCUUCCUGAUGAUCUGCGGGAUCAUCGUCACCGUCACUCUGGCCUUUAAGCUCCAGUCGGCGACGCUGGACUCGCUGAACCACAGUGGAUAGGACCGUGCCGAAGGGGCGUGGCAUACGGUCCCCAUCAGGGGUCGCUACAGACUAGCGAGCAUCACAGUAAUGAGGCUAAUGGAAAACGUAGUGUUAAAUACGCCUCUGUUCUUCUGGACGAAGUGACCACACAGAGAGAGACUAAUUUGCAUACGAUCUGGAUCUCCGAGACCAUCAGCAUAUCAGGAUCACCAUCAGACCAGACUCGCACCCUAGUGGACAGUACCUGCAUUACACCAUUACAUCAGCAUUACAGCUACCAUACUCUCUGCAGGCUCCGCCCACUAAUGCGUUCUUCCAUAGCAACCGUUGCUUGGUUGGACAAACUUCGCUGAACUCAGGUAAAAAGCUCCACCUCAGUGUAUGUAUAUCACUAUACAUACUUUUACAUAAUUAAAUUGUAUUUAAUUACACAUAAAAAAGUAGAUUUAGAGUACUGUCGCAUUAAGCGACACUAUUAAGGAUGCUACAUCAAAGUGACCAAAGGUGUCGCCAUGUUUCAAAACACAUUUUCUUUUAUAGUUAAACGAGUGCUGGAUGUUAAUCUACACAGAUUUAUCUCAUGAAAACUGUUAAUUUGGGUGAGUAAAGUGCUGCCGUUUAUUUACAGUAAGCUUAGCAUUUCAGUAUUUUGUCCAAGUGUGAGCGCUAGCCCCAGUUAGCAGUAUAGCCAGCCCCGGGUAGCAGUGCAAGCCAGUCGUGGUUAGCAGAGCUAGUGAGCCAGUGUUAGCAGCGCUAGCCAGUCGAGGUUAGCAGCACUACUCAGCUCCAAUUAGCAGCGCUAGCCAGCCACGGUUAGCAGCAUAGCCUGCCCCUGUUAGCAUUGCUAGCCAGCCUCGGUUAGCUGUAUAGCCAGCCAUGGUUAGCAGUGCUAGCCAGUUCAUACAUAAGAUGCACCGGAUUAUAAGUAACACUGAUGAUUUUUGGGAAAAUAAAGAAUUAUAUUGUAAAGAGUUAUAUAACAAUACUCUAAAUGUAGGUAUUGUAAUAUUAUACACUGAGGAGGCGGAGCUACAGUCUCUCUAUGGGGCAAAUAUAUAUUAAUAACACCAGUUUCCACAAAAAGAACACAUUAGUGGGUGGAGCUUGUAUAAUGAGGUUGUUUUAUAAUUUGGGCUGGAUUUACUGUAUCAUUAUCUCUAAUGAUUUUCUUUAGUUUGUUUUUAUUUAUAGAGUAAGUGUAUAUAUCCUAAUCUUGUGUUUAUAUACUCCACUCGUGAUAUUAGGGCUGUAUAUGGGUAAGAACUUGGAUACAUACGAUACAUAUUCAAUAAACGGGGUAAAAUUAGAUAUAUUGCAAUAUAUUGCUAUACUUAAAGCAUAGUGAUGUAUAUGGAGAAUAUGUCAUAUUAUAAAUAACACACAAUUAUAUCUUAUACUUUUUUCAUCCAAUCAGAACAACUGGAUCUAGCGACCGUCUACAACACUGCUAUCAAGUGGGUGUGGCCUAAAACAAUGCUGAAUGAAUCACUUCUGACACCAAUUUUUGCAUCUAAACUAAUAAUUAAAAUCAAUACUGUGUUUUAAAAAUAUAUAUAUUGCAAUACAAUACGAUAUCGAUAUUUUCGUACACCUCUACUGGAUACUGUGUCGUUUAUAUUCUGUUCUGCAGGAGUAAGGGCUGAUUUCUUUUCCCCCUUUAUGUUUAAUAAUAUUUCAUUCGUCAACAUUUUUAUUAUGAUUACAACAUUAUUUAAUACUUUAUUUGUGAAAUGUGUUUUUGUCAUUGUUUUAAAAUUAAAUACACUUUGAUUAAAUAAG